GUGGCAGUAACGUGAUUAUAGCACUUGAAGUCACGGCAUUAGCGGCGGAAAGCGGCUCGUCACGAGGCGUUUCGCCGACAAAAAGAAAUCACGCGUUCGCUGUACCAGCCCGCGGAAAGAAACACAGUCCCACACAGAAUCACGCUGCCCACGUACCCUAAAUUCUCGAAAAUUUGGGAGAGAUUCAUCUUCUUCCAAAAGAUAUCUAGUAGAGCGAGUGAGAGAGAGAUUUCCGACCGAAAAUGUUGCUCCCCCCGAGAUCCGGCAUCGUCCUGACCGUCUACUUGCCACUAAUCGCAGUGCUCGCCAUCGGACAAUCGCAAGCGAGGGAGAUCCGGCCAUCGGAGCACGGCCUUACAUACCAGAACGAGCCGUCGACCGGCCACGAGUCGCCGGAGAUGGCGUCAUUCUUCGGCGGCAACUUCUCCGCCUCGCCGUCGUCGAGCGUACCGUUGCCGGUGGCGAAGAACAUGAGCGAUCCGGCCUGGUGGGGAGGCGCCGCCGGCAACCGGGCAGGAGAGGGUCGCGAUCACGCGAGGAACGUGCUGGUGGUGGCCGGAUUGGUGUGUGGGAUCACAGGUGUCGUAUUACUAUUUGUUGCUACUCUUCUUUUCAUUUUUCAGCUGAGAAAGCAAAAAUCAUCCGCCGCUAAGUAGAGCUAAAACUAGAAGUGAGGUCUGAUCAUCGGCGCUGAGAAUUUGUGCCUCAUUGUGUGUAAAUAUUAAUUUGGUAGGUUUAUUUAAUUGAAAAAGUUUACCCAGAAAAUCAGAAAAUAUGUCAUCGCUCGCACAUUUUCUCAGUUCCACAUUCUAAUCUACAUAUUCUGAUCAUCAUUUACUUAUUCAAAAUUCUAGUGAUUCUUUAUCAAACAA